AUGCCCUUCCCGAGACGGGCGUCGCGCCUGCUGGUGCUGACCGGGGCCGCCCUCCUCGUCCUCCUCGUCAUCCGCCUGCUGCCCUCCCACGGCGGCGGCUACGUCGCCAGUCGCGUCAUACCCCAGCGGCCCCGCGUCUUCGAGGGCUUCGACCCCGUCCACCCGAAGCAGUUCCAUCCGCCCGCCUCCAUCAAGCCGCUGCCGACCGGCACCCCGCGCCGCAUGCCCCGCGUCCAGGCCGCCGACGCCGACUUCGCCCAGACCGCCGAGACCGAGCGCCGCCGUCAGGCCGUGCGCAGGACCUUUGAGCGCAGCUUCGGCGCCUACCGCAAGUACGCCUGGAUGCAGGACGAGGUCACCCCCGUCUCCGGCCGCGGCAAGGACACCUUUGGCGGCUGGGCCGCCACUCUCGUCGACUCCCUCGACACCCUCUGGAUCAUGGGCUUCGACGCCGAGUUCGCCCACGCCGCCGAGGCCGUCACCCACCUCGACUGGGGCCACACCGACUCGACCGCCAUCAACAUCUUCGAGACCACCAUCCGCCACCUCGGCGGCCUGCUGAGCGCCUACGACCUCAGCGGCGACAAGCGCCUGCUCGACAAGGCCGUCGAGCUCGGCAACAUGCUCUACGCCGGCUUCGAUACCCCGAACCGCCUGCCCGGCUUCUGGCUCAACUUUCGCGAGGCCGCCGCCGGCGAGCUCCUCGCCGGCACCGCCGACCCGUCCGCCUCGCCCGCCUCCCUGUGCAUGGAGUUCACCCGCCUGUCGCAGCUCACCGGCGACCCCAAGUUCUACGACGCCACCGACCGCGUCACGCGCUUCCUCGAGCGCGUGCAGAACGACACCCUGCUGCCGGGCAUGUGGCCGACCGUGCUCGACUUCCAGCACGAGGAGGCCCGCGACAGCCAGUUCACCCUCGGCGCGCUCGCCGACUCGCUCUACGAGUACCUGCCCAAGAUGCACGCCCUGCUCGGCGGCCUCGACGACACCUACGAGCGGCUCUUCCGCGUCGCCAUGGACGCCGCCGAGCCCAACCUCGUCUUCCGCCCGAUGCUGCCCGGCGGCGAGGACGUGCUCUUCGCCGGCGACUACCAGGCCACCGGCGCCGCUCGCCUCGUGCCCCGCAGCCAGCACCUCACCUGCUUCGCCGGCGGCAUGUUCGCCCUCGGCGGUCGCCUCUUCACCAACGACACCCAGGUCGCCGUCGGCGAGAAGCUCGCCCGCGGCUGCGCCCUCGCCUACGCCGCCUUCCCCACCGGCGUCAUGCCCGAGAUCUUCACCAUGAUGCCCUGCGAGCGCCGCGACCUGUGCGCCUGGGACGAGCGCGCCUGGGCCAAGCAGGGGGACGAGGUCCUGCCGCGGGGCUUCGUCAACGCCUGGGACCCGCGCUACCUGCUCCGCCCCGAGGCCAUCGAGAGCCUCUUCGUGCUCUACCGCGUCACCGCCCGCGCCGACCUGCAGGACCUCGCCUGGCAGAUGUUCGAGGCCAUCAUGCGCUCCACCACCACACAGUACGCCAACUCUGCCAUCGCCGACGUCCGCGCCGAGCAGGAGACGAACAAGCUGGACUCCAUGGAGAGCUUCUGGACGGCGGAGACGCUGAAAUACUUCUAUCUCAUCUUUUCUCCCCCGGAUGUCAUCAGCCUCGACGAAUACGUAUUCAACACGGAGGCGCAUCCCUUCAAACGCCCCUCUUGA